CCCUGGCGAGCUCUAUGACGUCAUCCUGGUUGUUUGCAAGAAGAGAAAAAAAGAUAAGAGGUGGAAUUAGCUGAAGAUUUUCCGUAUCAAAGAACGGUUUUAUGGUUAAAAUAAACUAAAAUUCACAUCUAGAACCAUGUCUACGCCAGCCCGGAGACGACUAAUGAGAGAUUUCAAAAGGCUUCAGGAAGAUCCUCCUGCUGGGGUGAGCGGGGCUCCAUCUGAAAAUAAUAUCAUGUUGUGGAAUGCAGUAAUAUUUGGGCCUGAGGGAACACCAUUUGAAGAUGGAACUUUUAAGCUAGUGAUAGAGUUUUCUGAAGAAUACCCAAAUAAACCUCCCACUGUCCGAUUCAUCUCAAAAAUGUUCCAUCCGAAUGUUUAUGCAGAUGGAAGUAUAUGUUUAGAUAUCUUACAGAAUCGCUGGAGUCCAACAUACGAUGUUUCAUCUAUUUUGACCUCUAUUCAGUCUCUGUUGGAUGAACCAAAUCCCAACAGUCCAGCCAACAGCCAGGCUGCUCAGCUUUACCAAGAAAACAAACGGGAAUACGAGAAGAGGGUAUCGGCUAUUGUAGAGCAGAGCUGGAAUGACUCCUAACAAUGAAAAGAGUACUUCUCACCGCUGUUAAACUCAAUCUUUCAUUUACCUCAUUGAGAAAAAAAGUGAAAAAAAAAACAAAAAAAAAUACUUAAGUGCCACCAGUUUAAAAAGAAAAAAAAAAAAUCUGGACUUUUAGUGCUUGCCAACAUGUUUGAAGAAUACCAGCCACUGAGGUUUGUGUUACUCUUGUGUUUUUAAUGUGUUCUUUUUAUUGCAUGAUGUGAAAUAAGUUAUUGCUAACUAAACUUGUAUUAUAUCUUUCUUUUUUCUUUUUGUUGGAUGGAUGCUGUUACUGUUCAGUUUCCAAAGAACCAUUUUUUUUUAUGUUUUUCCUGGUUUAAAGAAAACCAGCCAUUUAGAAUAUGCUAAUUUUGUCAGAUUUAUUGGUGCAAUGGCAGAUGUUGUUUUUUAUUUUUUAAAGCAACAGACAUUUAAUAAAAACAAACAAAUUAUAUCAA